AUGUCCGCCGCCAGCGUUGUCCGUUUGUCGCGGUCGGCCACCAGAUUCGUGGCCAAGGCCGCGAGCGGCUUCCACCUGCUCCGCAUCGACGGCUACUCGCAGGCCAAGACGAUCCUUCCCGGCCAGAAGAUCUCCUCCAUGGCCUUCGCCGUCGGCGGGCAUUCCUGGCGCAUGGACUACUACCCCAACGGCCGCGACACCUCCGCCAAGUCCAACGCCGUCUCCGUCUACCUCCAGCGCAUCGACCGCGGCCAGGAGGAUCCCCUCCAGGCGCAGUACAAGUUCAGCCUGGUGGACCACGCCGGCAACGCGGCGUACGAGCUCCCGGCCCAGACCGGCACCUUCAUCUCCGUCCCAGAAGUCAACGUCUACCAGCGCCAUGCCGCGACGGGGACCUUCGGCGGCCCCGCCGAAGGCGAACCAGGGCCAGGAUGCGGCCUCGAGGAGUUCAUCGUCAAGGAAGAGCUGGAGAAACGGGAGCAUCUGAUCCGCAACGACUGCCUCAUGGUCCGGUGUGACGUGGGCGUCACAGAGGUGGGAACCUCAUGGCUGGCGACGGACGAGAUAACGAACGAUUACGAAGAAGAAGAUAGUGAUGAUGAUGAUGGGUACGGCGCGGGGACCCCUCGCCGCCGUCGUCGCCGCCGUCGUCGGGACGACGGCGAAUACGUCAAGUGGUGUUUGGCCCAACGACCUAGGUGA